CACGUGAAGUUAGAGCAGUUCAGUCUUCCUCUCUCUAUCGGUGGAUUAGUAAGCGCAGAGUGUUAUGCUGUCUCUCCCAUUUUGCACCGUUCCCCGGAGAUAAGAGAACUCUGGCUGGAGGCCCUCCGAGGGCAGGGCUAAGGCCACACGGGAGCCAAAUUCAUCCCUGGACAGUCAGCCCAAAAUCUAAUGAAGUUGAUAAGCAACUGCAAUGCUUCAAAAACACUAAGUGCCAAUAAUAUGGAGACAUUGAUCGAAUGUCAGUCAGAGGACAAUAUCAAGGAACAUCCUCUGUUGGCAUCAUGUGAGAGUGAAGAUAAUAUUUGCCAGCUAAUUGAAAUUAAGAAAAGAAAGAAGGUGCUGUCCUGGCCCUUUCUCAUGAGAAGGCUUUCUGCUGUGUCAGAUUUUUCUGGGGUUUCAGAACCUGAAUUAAAAACAUCACUAUUUGAUCAGCCCUUGUCAAUCAUCUGUGGUGAGGAUGACACACUCCCCAGACCCAUUCAGGAUAUUCUCACUAUUCUGUGCCUUAAAGGACCUUCCACAGAAGGGAUCUUCAGGAAAGCAGCCAACGAGAAAGCCCGCAAAGAGCUCAAGGAGGAGCUCAACUCGGGAGGCGUGGUAGAUCUGAAAAGUCUCCCUGUGCACCUUCUGGCUGUGGUCUUUAAGGACUUCCUCAGAAGUAUCCCACAGAAGCUACUUUCAUGUGACCUGUUUGAGGAAUGGAUGGACGCGCUAGAGAGGCAGAAUGAGGAGGACAGAACUGAGGCCCUGAAACAGGUUGCAGAUAAGCUCCCCCGGCCCAACCUCCUGCUGCUCAAGCACCUGAUCUCCGUGCUCUACCUGAUCAGCAAGAACUCUGAGAUCAAUAAGAUGGACGCCAGCAAUCUAGCUAUCUGCGUCGGACCCAACAUGCUGACCCGAGAGAAUGACCAAUACCUGUCUUUCGAAGCCCAGAAAGACUUGAACAACAAGGUUAAAACAUUGGUGGAAUUCCUCAUCGAUAACUGCUUGGAAAUAUUUGGGGAGAACAUUCCGGCACAUUCCAGUACUGCUUCUGAUGACUCCCUGGAACACACUGACAGUUCAGACAUGUCAACACUGCAGAAUGACUCAGCCUAUGACAGCAAUGAUCCUGACAUGGAAUCCAGUGGUGCCAUCAGAUGCCCAAACAGGCAGCCCCAGGUGCCCUUGGAGAUGGCUGCCGGCUGGGAGCCCAGAGGCCUGCAGCUCACUUGGGAGUUGAGCCCAGAGCCCAUUGUCAGCACCGUAGCCAGGCUGAAAAACUCCCUCAGGGAACCAGACAGGAGCUACUCAGAGCCCAGCAUGUCAUCCUCACAGGAGAGCCUCGAGAGCCAGAAAACUCACCAAAAACUAACACGAAGUGAGGAUGACUUCACCAUGGCCCGGGCAGGGGCUUGUUUGGAAGGUGAGGAAGCUGAAGACCCAUUUCCAGAGGAGGUGUUUCCUGCAGUUGAAGGCAAAACUCAGAGGCCACAGGACCUGAAGGUGAAGAACUCGACUCAGGGUUUGGGGUUACUGUGGGGACUGGCGCCCAAAGCCUCCUCCAGUGGCUCUCUGGAUGCUUCCUCUGACAGCUCCCCUGUGGCUUCUCCUUCCAGUCCCAAAAGAAAUUUCUUCACCAGACAUCAGUCUUUCACAAAGGCAGAGAAAAGUAAGCCCAACAGAGAGAUUAAAAAACAUUCCAUGUCAUUCUCUUUUGCCUCUCACAAAAGAGUGUUGACCAAAACCCCCAGCUGUGUGUCUGUGAAAUCCAAAGGCUUUACAAGAGACCAAGUAAAGAAAGGCUUUAAAAAAGAAAGCCAGCUUGCUGGGCGAAUCAUCCAAGAGAACUUGUCUGAAAUCCAGGGCCAAACAGCUCUAGACUUUAGCUCCAGAUCCUAUGCCCUCUCAGUCGAGGAUGUGUUCCAGCAAGUGGAUCAGAGAAGCCCUGGGAGUCCACCAUCUUAUGAAGAGGCCAUUCGGUGCCAGGCAUUGGACCUCUUGGCCUACGGGGGCCAAACAGUUGGCAGCAUGAGGGCUAGAAUGCUCAGCUGGGACACUCAACUACCACCUCUCCUACCUUUUCACCACGGAGGGAAUUCAAGAGAUAUAUGCAGUCAAGAGCCACUUGACGGGCACAGACUAUCUCCCAGGACUGAGAGUUGGAAACAGAGCAGGACUGUCCAUGCUUCUGUUGAAACGAUAGGACAAGUGACUAUCACAGGGAGACCAGAGCUGCACCGGCUAAGAACUAUAUCUGAGUCAAAUCAGAAGACUAAGCUGGACCACUUAGUGCGGCGAUGUAGUCAGCCGGUCUUUGAGGCUGACCAACUCCAGUAUGCUAAAGAAUCCUACAUUUAG